AUGUGGAAAAGAUCGUUUACUAGUAGUAGUUCACCUUUAUUGAAGAAAAUUGGUGGUAAUAAGAGAACUUCAUUUGAUAAGUAUUUAGCGGUAGAGACCCCUAAGAAACCAUGGCAAUCAAACAAUAACAGAAAGUCAUCAAGUACAAAUAAAGAAGAUUGGUUUAAAUCAAAAUAUGCUCAUAUUCAUGCAAGACAAAAAUUAAUACCAAAAAAUGAUCCAUAUGGGAAGAAAGCAGCUCAUGAAAAGAAAUUAUAUGAUAUUAAAAAGGAUAAUAAAUUACAAAGAUUAUCACACCGACAAAAUUUUACACAGUAUGGUAAUUCGAGAGAUGUUUUACAAAUGAAUCCUUUAUUAGAGUAUAUUUUUGGUACGAAUAGUGUAUUGGCCGCUUUAUCAAACCCUAGAAGACAUAUAUUUAAUAAAUUAUAUUAUUAUGGUAAUGAAUCAUUUGAAUUAAUUAAUAAUAAAUUGAAAGAACUUAAUUUACAGAUACCUUUGCAAGAAUCAAAUAAACAUGAAUUAAAUCAGUUAAGUAAAUUUAAUCUUCAUAAUAAUAUCGUCUUAGAGGCUAAACCUUUAGAAGAUAUUGAAAUUAAAAAUUUAGGUUCAAUUAAUCAACUUACAGAUAAUAAUACCAACGUACCUUCGACUACUUUCCAAGUUAAUUUAAUUAAUCAACAAGAAAUUCCAAUAUUUAAAGAAGAUAAAGUUAUGCCCGAUGUAAUUAGACAAGUAAAUUUCAAUUCAAGACCUUUACAAGGUAAAACGUUCCCAAUUGGAAUUUUCUUGGAUGAAAUAACAGACCCUCAUAAUGUUGGUGCUAUCAUAAGAAGUGCAUAUUUCCUCGGGGCUGAUUUUAUAGUAAUGACGAAGAAAAAUAGUUCUUCAUUGACUCCAGUAGUCUCAAAGGCAAGUAGUGGUGCAAUGGAAUGGUUACCAAUAUAUCAUGUUGAUGAUCCAAUAAAAUUUUUCAAGGAAUCACAAAAAGAGGAGAAUGGUAGUUGGACAUUCAUUACAAGCCAUUGUACAAGUGGUUCUAAUGAAAACCCGGCCACUCAAUUCAUUAAAGAUAAGACUUUACCCAUAGAAGAUCUUGAUGGAAUGUUGCAAAGAUCACCAACCAUUCUUGUCAUGGGGAACGAAGGCUCGGGAGUUCGUUCCAGUUUAAUUCAAAUUAGCGAUUAUUUAGUAGAGAUCCCAUACAAUGGACCGCCACCAUCCACUAACAUUACAAACACCGUAGACUCCCUCAACGUUAGUGUAGCGGCUGCCAUCCUCAUGAACCAUCUACUGCCUUGUCCAUAG